CUUUCUCCCGUGAGCACGAGCCGCAGCUAGGUGGCCGGCCCCCACUGUGCAGUCUGACGCCGCUUAGGCUUGCGCGCCUGCAUCGGCCGCGCGGCAUGGACAGCCCCGCAUCGUGCUCCACAACGGCGGAGCAACAAAAACUCGGCGAACGAGCGGGGGCGAGACUAGUCCAGGCUGAAGAGAAACGUGGAGAGCUCAGACGAGAAAUAAUGCCUCGAUCGUUCCACGACCGCACGCCCUGACGCGCGCAUCGACCUCGUUGUGCAGAGCCCCCCGUGUCAGGCAAAAUGCCGCUUCUGGUGACGGGUUGCAACCGGAGCAAAAAUAAACACACACACACACAAACUGAGCCGAUCAAGAAAGGCGUGAGAGAAUUGACAAAACGAAAAUAUACAGUCCAAGCCUUAGAGCCCCAUAACGGGUCGUGAACUGCCGCGUGCCUACGUGAUGCGGUGGGGGCAUCUUCAAUGCACCCAGAGUGCAAAGUACGGAACAUGAUUGGGCAAAACGAAAUGGGGAACAAGAGUGGGCGGCCGCGCCGACGGGGCGCGACCUGCGGGCUACGCGCGCGACCCGCGCAGACGGGACGGCGCCAGCGAUCUGGCGAGGAGGCCGCUCACGGAGGCCGAGCGCCGCACCCCGCAACCAUGAUGAGGAGAGCAAGGGAGGAGCGGGAGGGAGGAGGACGGAGGGAGGGAGGGGGUGAGGCUGCACGCUCUUCCCGAGCGCUCAGGGCCUCCACAGCCACGGAUGAAUCUGCCGGCUGCGAUCGACAGCGCGGCACCUCGAGUCCGAGGGGAAGGGCGAGGCGGAAGGAGGAGGAGGAGGACGGGGGGGCGGAGAGCAGAGGAGGACGAGGCCGGGAGAGGAUUUCCUGUUGGGAGGCGCGCGCAGACGUCUGAUCAUCCUCGACUCCCUGCAGAGACGGGCCGCGAGAGGGGCGAAGGGAAACUCUCUCGCCGCCGCCCUCGACAACCCUCAGAACCUCGCCUCGCUUACCGUCGCACUCACCUGUGAUGAGGAUGCUCGUCACCGACUGGGAGUGCUGCAUCGUUGCGCGCGCGACGUCCUCUGCCAAGGCCAACGACUCUGGACUGUCAACCUUGUUCAGCGCUGCAUACAGCCGAGGUGAUGGGGAUCUCCCCGUAUCCACCCCGUAGCACCACAAAUCAUAGCUGCCCAUGACGCGCCCGACGAUGUCGGCGUCAACGGUGCACCCCAGGUCCACGCCGGCGAACUUCGCCACGACGUCGGCGCGGCAGACCAUCUCCUCCACCAGCGGAGCGCCCAAAAUAUCCACCCCCGCCACCGCAACCACGGCCUCGACCCCGGCCGGCAACACUGGCUCUCGCGGCGCGCGCGGGGCCUUGAACGGCAACUUCCGCGACCCGUCCGCCUCCACUACCACGACGCCACGCGCCUGCCCACACCACCGGCCGCCUCGAUCGCUCCGAGGCGCGCCGGACGGCUGGGACUGCUCCGGCGCCGACCCUGGGCGGCCUCGUGGAGCUGCCCAGCAGCGCCGGCACCCAGCCGGGGGGGAUCCCGACCGCCCGGGGCCCGUGAGGCGACGCCUCGCAGCCGCUGGCCAGCGCCACCAGCCGGCGCCCCGCAGCGACGGCGGCCCGCAGGGCCUCCUGCGCGGCGCCCAGCUCGGCCGCGACCAGUACCUCCUCCGCGUCCUCGGGCGCGCGCGGGAACAGCACGCGGGUGGUGGUCGCGAGCACGACGGCCUUGCCCUGGGCGGCGGCCUCCUCCGCAGUCCGCGCGGCGAGCGUGGUCUUGCCGCCGCCGCCCACGAACGCGACGACGGAGGCCGAGCCGAGGGCUGCCCAGAGGCCCGACGCCGGGGGGGCACGGGCCUCCGCCGUGGAUUCGGCCACGCGCAAGGAGUGUUAGCGGCGAGCGAGGGGGGGAAGUGAGAAGGCGAAGGCCUUCUCAGAAGCCUCGGAAGUCCCGGGGCCUUCCGAGAAGUCUUCGAAG